CCUAGCGUUGUGGUAAAAUAUCGCUGGUCACACUACAUUUUCCACUAGCUAUAGGAAACAAAACACCGAAAACUUUUUAAAACCAUUAGCAUUUGAUAUAGCGUAAUGGAAGAACUACGCAAGCAUUUAUCUUCGGUAAACGUGCCCUGCGGCUCCGGGUCGGGCAGCCCACCGAUUUACAAGGAUGAGUGCGUCUACUCCUAUGACAACCCAGAGACGCCCACCGGCCUGUACGUUUGCCUGCACAGCUUCCUGGGCUUCGGCGAGGCCUAUGUGCGUGAGUACGCCAGCAAGACCGGCCACAAGGUCUUCCUCCACAUCCGCCGCGUGAAGACUCCCAAGGAGGGUGAGGGCGUCGAUGCCGAAUGCAAUCCAGAGGAGGAGGCGGGGCCGGAACGAAAGAUCACCCGGCUAGCCAUUGGCGUGGAGGGUGGCUACAAUGAGUCAGACAUGGCCAAGAAAUAUGAGAUCAAGGACACGUACAGCAUUGUUGUAGCCCCCCAGCUGGACAAGAAGCUGCCCUAUCCAGAUCCCGAGCUGCCCAUGCGCGUCACCCAGGCGGUGGAGGCGAUUCUGGCCGCAGAUUCGGCCAUUGCCAAGCUGGAGAAGGCCACUUUGAUGGGCACCUGGGAUGGUGAAGUGCGCCAGGCAUCGAAAUAUGCCGAGAACUUGCAGCAGCUGGACAAUGGCAAGAAGAUACCGCCCGCCGGCUGGCAGUGCGAGAAGUGUGAUCUGACCAACAACCUCUGGCUGAAUCUGACUGAUGGCUCCAUCAUGUGCGGACGCAAGUUCUUCGACGGCAGUGGUGGCAACGACCAUGCCGUGGAGCACUAUCGCGUCACAGGCUAUCCGCUGGCCGUGAAAUUGGGUACCAUCACUGCUGAUGGCAAAUCGGAUGUGUUCUCAUAUCCGGAGGAUGACAUGGUGCUCGAUCCACAAUUGGAGCGGCAUCUGUCCCAUUUUGGCAUCAACAUGGCCGCGAUGAAGAAGAGCGAAAAGUCAAUGGUGGAGCUGGAACUGGACAUCAACCAGCGAAUCGGCGAGUGGUCUGCACUGACGGAGAGCGAGAGCGAGCUACAGCCACUGGCCGGACCGGGAUACACGGGCAUGCGCAACCUCGGCAACUCGUGCUACAUCAACAGCGUGAUGCAGGUGCUCUUCGUCAUACCCGAUUUCCUUCAGCGAUUCGUGGGCACUGGAGCUGAACGCUACUUCAACGAGUUCCCCAGCGACCCGGCCAAUGAUUUCAAUAUCCAAAUGGCCAAGCUGGGCACCGGCCUGCAGUCCGGCAAGUACAGCAGCGUAGCGGAGAACACCCUGGAUACCGAUAACUCCACGGGCAUUUCCCCAGCCAUGUUCAAGAACAUUGUGGGCAAGAACCAUCCCGAUUUCAGUACCAAACAGCAGCAAGAUGCCAACGAUUUCUACCUACAUUUGCUCACCCUGCUGGACAGGAAUUCGCGCAACCAAACCAACCCGGCUGAUGCGCUCAAGUUCCUGCUGGAGGAUCGUGUUGAGUGUUUGGCCAGUCGCAAGGUGAAGUACAAGACGCGCGAGGAGUACAGCUUCCGGUUGCCCAUUCCGCUGGAGAAGGCAACAAACUUGGAUGAGGUACGCGAGUACCAGGAGCGAGAGAAGGCGGCACGCGAGUCGGGCCAGCGGCUGGUGGAACGGGACAUUGUCAGGCACAAGGUGCCGCUGCAGGCCUGCCUGGAGCGCUUCUUUGCCCCGGAGCUGAUCGAGCAGUUCUACUCCACGGCCAUCGAAGGCAAGACCAAUGCCAGGAAGCUCACUCGUCUCGCUACUAUGCCCGAUUGCCUGAUGAUUCACUUGGGCAAGUUCACGUUGGGCGACGACUGGGUGCCCAAGAAGUUGGACGUAUCCGUGGACAUGCCCGAUGAGCUGGAUCUGAGCAAUUGGCGUUCGGCCGGCGGCCUGCAGGCUGGUGAAGAGGCCCUGCCGGAGGCGGCUACCGAAGAGGUGAAGUUCGCCUUUGACGAGGCCGUCAUGUCCGAGCUGCUCACCAUGGGCUUCCCAACGGAGGCCUGUAAGCGGGCUUGCUUCCACACGAAGAACAGCGGCUUGGAAGCCGCCUCCAACUGGCUGAUGGAGCACAUUGCCGACGAGGACAUUUCGGAGCCUUUUGUGGUGCCCAAUAAUCGCAUAGGCGACUGUGCCGCCGAUCAGUUUGUGGCCAAUCCGGAGAGUCUGGCCAUGCUGAUGAGCAUGGGCUUUGACGAGCGGCAGGCUGUGGCAGCCUUGAAGGCCACCGAUGGCAAUGUGGAGCGUGCCACCGACUGGAUCUUCUCGCAUGCCGACUCCAUCGGCUUUGAGGAUGUCCCGCCACCCGUUUCGGCUCCAACUGCUGCGGCCGCGACUAGUUCGGGGCCCAACAAGAGCAACUAUCGCGAUGGCGGGGGCAAGUAUCGCCUGGUGGCCUUCAUCUCGCACAUGGGCACCUCCGCCCAGGUGGGCCACUAUGUCUGUCACAUCCGCAAGCAAGGCGAGUGGGUCAUCUACAACGACAGCAAGGUGGCCAAGUCACAGAACCCGCCCAAGGAUCUUGGUUAUCUGUAUCUCUACAUGCGCGACGAGUAGCCUCUGCCAGCCGCCCGAUCUCAGGCCCAUCCCAUAUACGCCAGUCCCCCCAAAAACCUAAUAUUAUGCGCCCUUUAAAAAUGGAAAUUAAGAAAAUAAAAUACAAAUAUAUUGUGCUA